AUGAGAAUGAAGCAGGAAGUCUUUCUGAGCCGUCCACAUCAGAAGUACGCAUAAUGAACAGUAGCGAGAGGCUACUUACUUAAAACAAAUAUAUUUGUUGGUAGUAUAUUUCAGAAUGAAGAUGAAUGAAAAUACGUUACUCGAAGGACAUAAAGUCAUGUUGGUGCCAUACAGUGCUGAGCACGUCCCGAGGUAUCAUGAGUGGAUGAAAUCCACUGAGCUGCAGCAGCUGACUGCCUCGGAGCCGCUGACACUGGAGGAAGAAUAUGACAUGCAACGCAGCUGGAAGGAAGACAGUGACAAGUGCACCUUUAUCAUCUUGGACAAGCGGCAGUGGGAAGACUCUGGCGUUGAGGAGGAGCAAUGCAUGAUAGGAGAUGUUAACAUCUUCCUGACUAACCCAUUGGAUCUGUCCCUGGCUGAGCUGGAGAUUAUGAUAGCAGAGCCCACUUACAGAGGCAAAGGCAUCGGGAAGGAGGUGACACACCUGAUGAUGCAAUAUGGGGUCGCCAAACUCAACAUCCAAAAGUUUCAAGUGAAAAUCGGCCUGGACAACGGGAUCAGCAUCGCCAUGUUCAAGAAACUGCAGUUCCAAGAGGUGUCAGUGUGUCAGGUGUUCAAGGAGGUGACCUUGGAGAUGAUGGUGGACGAGUCUGUUCGGACUAGGCUGCGCAGCUGCACCAGCCACAUGAGGGAGAGGGACUACAGAUUGAGCCGUAGCAGCAGACGAGACAUAAUGUCACAGACUUAAAAAAAGGAUUGGGAGCGGGGUCGAAACGGACCAAUUGGGAAGAGCAGGCAUUUGUUUCCUUGGAUGUGAGGCAUUCUCGUGUCGCCAUGAGCCACUGAUGAGAAGUGGAGGCAAACUCAAUCAUCAACUUUUACUGUUCCAUCAAGACUUUUACUGAAGCAGAUGCAUUUCAGUUAGCACGUUUACUUGCUAAUAGCCACAUCACAUUAGAAUAUUUUCCUUUCCACCAGAAGAAGGCCAAUGUUACUGAGACGAGCUCAUCACAACCCUGUGCGUCUCCAGAUCAGGCCAGGUUGAAGAAGACAAAGACGCAUUUAAAAACAAGCGGUUGUACAAAGAGCGACAAUAAUUCCAUAGGAAUUUAAGAUGAUUUGGCACACAUUUGCCCCUCCAACCCCUCAUCCUGCAUCAAUGAGAAGCAGCUUGAUCAGAACAUUUCUUUUAAAAAUCUCAGGAUUCAAAGUGGAGAACAACGCAUCGAGUGCACAUUUAGCUUUUGGAUGCUUGCGUGGAUUCCAGGAAGUCCUUGGCUGCAGUGGACAGGUCGUAGAGCAGCUGUCUGACCACGCCCUCCUUCUCCUGGGCCCAGGACAGGCCCUGGUCCACUGCAAUGUUGAGCGGCACGCACACUUCCUCCCACUGCAGGUCCGUCAGCCGGCAGGCAGCGGUGGCUCCAGCCAGUCCGAGCAGCAAGAGGAGGAGGAGCUUGAAGAGGAGGCUGAGGAGAGAUCGCCGAGGUUUGGACAUCACUUCCACCACUGUCUUUUUGUCUGGAGCAACCAAAACGUGUCACAACGUGAACUCAUGGCCUACAUCGAGCAUGUCGGACUAUAACAAACAAUUAGAACAACUCACCAAAAGCCUGUCCAUUCUUCUUCUUGCUCUUCUUCUCCUCACUCCUCUUCUUCUGUUGCUCCUGGGCGGCAGCAGCGGCCAUCUGAGCCUUGUACUCCUUCCUCCUCUUCUCCUUCUCCUCAGCCUUCUCCCGCUUGCGAACCUCCUUCUCCCGGGCCUCCCUCUCCCUCUGCUUAGCCUCCUUCUUCUUCUCCAGCUCUGUUGGGAGAUGGUGUCAUCACAAAGAAAUCAACAGACUGCUGUGAGUAGUAUACUGUUGUGGCUCUUUUUGGUAAUAGGAAGUUCCUAAGUGUACUAUACUGCUCACAGCCAUUGGGGGGCACAUUUCCAUCAUAUAUGGGGGUUGCUAGUACAUCCUAUGACAGGUUCAUCUGUUGUAGUCCUUAGCCUUAGCCUACAUUGGUAUAUUUGCAUUGACUCCUUUGAUACUGACCUUUUUCCCUCAAAAGGCGCUUUUCCCGCACACGUUCAGCCUCCUCCUGAAGCGUUUGCAUGUGUUUCAGAACCUGCCAAGAAAUAAAUUGUUACUAAUUAGUUGCUAGCGUGUAACCA